AUGGCUACUACAGCUCACGGAUCGUAUACGGGACCUGCACAGGUCUUGUCGUUUGAUGGUCUCCUGUUCGACUUUGACGGGACUAUAAUUGACUCUACGGCUGCUAUCGUCAAACAUUGGCACGAACUUGGCGAAGAAUUGGGUGUAGACCCAGAAGCAAUCCUUGCCACCUCCCACGGAAGGAGAAGUAUUGAUACCCUAGCUCUAUACGACGAGAGCAAAGCCAAUUGGGAGUUCGUCAGCGCAAUUGAAGGUGCUCUGCCACGAAAGUACGGCCAAGAUGCUACUGAAAUACCUGGUGCACGGAAUCUUCUCAAACAACUAGUCGACGCCAACGUUCCCUGGGCAGUAGUCACAUCCGGAACUCGAGCAUUGAUUACCGGCUGGCUCGAAGUGCUCAAGCUAGCACACCCCAAGAACCUUGUCGUUGCUGAGGACGUGCUACAAGGUAAACCCGACCCGCAAUGCUACCAACUCGGUCGAUCAAAGCUCAGCAGUGAUGUGGGAUUCCCGUCGGACUCAACCAAUAUGCUGGUCGUCGAGGAUGCUCCGUCCGGUAUCAAGGCUGGUAAAGCCGCUGGGUUCAAGGUCCUUGCUCUUGAGACAACGCAUACUAUCCAGCAGCUCAAGGAUGCGGGAGCGGAUUGGAUUGUGAAGGACUUGAGAAGUGUGCAAUUCAAGUCUUGGAGUCAAGGGAGCAAGGUGGAGAUUGAGAUUAGAGAUACGCUGCAGUCAUGA